AUGCUUCCGCUAACCAUGAUCUGGUUUGUAGCCAAGAGAAUGCCGCGGUUUUUUGCGAUGCUAGUUGAUAUAGUAGCAAUAUUCUUGUUGAUAUUCCUGUUAGUCGGCAACAAUAAUCCUUCCCAAUCAUCAACCUACCUGACAAGUUUUCGUUUCUCGACAAAAUCGCCCAUGUACAACAUAAUUUCGACGUCAUUCAACGCCGACAAUGAGACUGCUCAUUUAGAAAAGGUUUCGAUCCGUGCUGGAUACAUGGGCAUCUGUAUUAUGAAUCUUCCGACUAAUUACUCUCCACAGGAAACGCUCUGUUACGACAGGAAAAACGUCUCCAGCAUACCACUCUACCAAGACCUCAGUGUCAAAAUAUUUAACAUUCGGACUUCAAACAGCGAUUCCAAAAAUACCACUUCAACCCAGGCUACCGAACUUAACAUCAUGCAAUUGGCUCAAGACAACUCUGUUCAUCUCAUUCAUCCUUACAUCCUAAUGGCGGUUAUCGUGCUUGCACUGCUCAUGUUCUGCACGACCCUAUGCGCUACUAUUCCCAAAAUACCCGGGAAGAGCUACUUAGACUGGUUCCUCCUGACCUUAAGCCCGGUACUGACUCUAGUCUGGGGAUUGGGUGCUAUGUGGACAAAUGUGGCCAUCCGUGCUAGCAGAUCUUAUGUGCCACACGCAUCCAUGGGAAUUAUUACAGUUAAAACGGGGACAAAAGCCAGCAUGAUGGCAUGGUUUGCAUUCGCUCUUCUAUGUGUCAACUGCCUAAUCCUAUGGGCAUUGUAUUUUAGAGAUCGCAGGUCUUUGAGUGAUGAAAUCGAUAAGGUUAAAAAAGAUCCAACCCGUUUGAUUCCAGAAAUCACAGUGAAGGGUCAACAUUGGCUAUGGGGUAAGGUUCCAGGUUGA